AUGGUGCCCAAAGCCUUCGAGGCAGGAUACCCGAACACCACCGGCUUCCGCAAAGUCGUCAAAGCCACCGUCUACAUCAAGAAAAAGGACGGCAUGUCAGACGCCGACUUCGUCGAGUACUACAAUAACAACCAUGCUCAGCGCGCCGUGCCCAUCCUGCAAAGGCACGGCAUCAUCAGCUACAGCCUGACGUAUCAUCUGGAGCGUGACAGGAAGAUGAUUCAAGACAUCAUGCAUGGCAGAGCGAAGUUAAUGGACUACGAUGCGAUUUGUACGUUUGUGUUCCCAGACUACCUGUGUCUGGCAAAGUUCCUGUAUGAUAAGAAUGGUGCGGCAUUGAACGGCGAUCACGAGAACUUCAUGGACGACAGCCAGAUGCAGCUGAUGGUCGGCGACGAAUACAUGUUGAUUGAGAACGGGGAGAAAGUGGGCUGA